AUGGCAAAGGGUCUGUUCGAUCUUUCCAAGCGAUUUGUCUAUCCCGAUGUCAACUGUAACUAUGGACCAGGGUGCAGAAUUGAGCUCGAAGCCCAUCGUAUCGGUCGGGACCUCGAGGCUUUCGUCUUUGUCAGACAUCCCGAGCUGGACGCCGCUCCGACUGGCUCUCUGCAGCCCAUCUUUAUCCACUGCGAGAACUCUCAUUGCCACAUCGACCCUAUUACAAAGUCCAAGAGCAACAGGGAUCAAGUCAUUGUCGCGCUGGACUUCAUUUUGGAGUUCAUCUCGAGCACUUCUGGCAGAGUUGAUGCCUCCCAGAUUGCAAUCAUCACCCCGUACACAGCCAACGUGGAUGUGAUCAAGAGUGUUCGAAGGGGUCCCAAGUACGCUGCCCUGGCUUCAAUGAAGCCAGCCAAGACCAUUUACUCUUUUCAAGGUCAAGAGAGUGACAUCAUCAUCGCCAUCAUGGCUACCACGAAGCAAGCCGGUCCCGGUAUGACAACCGAUGAACAUCACCUCAAUGUGAUGCUUAGCCGCCACAGAAGCGGUUUGAUCAUUGUUGGAGACAUUAACGUUACUGGAAGGCUUGAUGAUGAGAGAAGUAAGCGACAUGGCCACGUUGGCCUGGACAAGUUCCAGGUCGUAGGAGCCAAUGGGGAGGUCUCAUGGGUGAAUGGCACCAUGCUCCGUAGUGUACACCAAGCUCUAUGGGAGAGUAAGCGUGUUAUCACGGUAUGA